UCUAGAGGAGGGUGUUAUCACCAACAUCGAACAAAGAAGAGUGAAGAAAAUGGGAGAUGAAGCAAAAGCAAACGUGUUAGUCUUCUCGUUUCCUAUCCAAGGACACAUAAACCCUCUCCUCCAAUUCUCAAAACGUCUUAUCUCCAAAAACGUCACCGUCACAUUCCUCACCACUUCCUCCACUCACAACAACAUCAUCCGCCGUGCCAUCGCCGGAGGAGCCACCUCUCUUCCACUCUCUUUUGUCCCCCUAGACGAUGGCUUCGAGGAAGGCCAUCCAUCAACCGACUCCUCUCCCGAGUACUUCGCAAAGCUCCAAGAAAACGUCUCUCGGAGCCUCUCUCAACUCAUCUCCUCCAUGGAACCCAAACCAAACGCCGUCGUAUACGAUUCCUGUAUGCCUUGGAUUCUCGACGUUUGCCGGGAACAUCCUGGUGUCGCUGCGGCGUCGUUUUUCACUCAGUGCUCCAUCGUGAACGCGAUUUAUGUUCAUUUCAGUCGUGGAGCGUUUAAGGAGUUUGAAGACGACGUAGUCUUGCCUGCGAUGCCUCCUUUGAAGGGUAGUGAUUUGCCUGUGUUUCUUUACGACAAUAAUCUUUGUCGGCCGUUGUUUGAGCUCCUCUGUAGCCAGUUUGUGAAUGUUGACCACAUUGACUUCUUCUUGGUUAACUCUUUCGACGAACUCGAAAUUGAGGUGUUAGAAUGGAUGAAGAAACAAUGGCCGGUCAAGAAUAUAGGACCAAUGAUUCCAUCAAUGUACUUAGACAAACGACUAUCAGGCGACAAAGACUAUGGACUCAGCCUCUUUAGUGCUCAAAAUGAAUGCCUUGAUUGGCUUAACUCAAAGCCGGCUGGGUCAGUGAUCUACGUCUCUUUCGGAAGCCUAGCAGUUUUAAAAGACGCUCAAAUGAUUGAAGUCGCAGCUGGUCUAAAACAAACCAGCCAUAAUUUCUUAUGGGUGGUUAGAGAAACAGAGACAAAGAAGCUCCCAAGCAAUUACAUUGAGGAAAUUGGUGAGAAAGGACUAAUAGUGAAGUGGAGUCCACAAUUACAAGUUCUUGCACAUAAAUCUAUUGGUUGUUUCAUGACACAUUGCGGUUGGAAUUCAACCUUAGAGGCGUUGAGCUUAGGAGUGGCUCUGAUUGGAAUGCCGGCUUAUAGCGACCAGCCGACAAAUGCUAAGUUUAUAGAGGAUGUGUGGAAGGUUGGGGUUAGGGUAAAGGCAGAUAAAGAUGGGUUUGUGACGAAGGAAGAGAUUGUAAGAUGUGUUGGAGAAGUUAUGGAAGAGAUGUCAGAGAAAGGGAAAGAGAUUAGGAAGAAUGCUUUGAGAUUGAUGGAGUUUGCAAAAGAAGCUUUGUCUGAAGGGGGAAAAUCUGAUAAAAGUAUUGAUGAGUUUGUGGCUAAAAUUGCUAAGUAAUCUGAUCGUAUCGAUAUGCGAGACUUGACAAUGUGUUUUGAAAAAAAAUAAAAUAAAACAUAAUGUUGUUUGGGUUUUAGAAAACUAAGAAUUUUAUAAUAUAAUUUCUGUGUUUUUGGUUUGUAUUUGCUUAUGAACACACUUUGAAAAUGAUUGGGGAUAUGAGAAAUUUU